UGUAGCAACAGAUCAAAGAAAAAGAAGACGAAAACGUGCUCUUUGCUGCCUGUGGAUUUCACCGAGUUGCUUUUGUCUCGCGGGCUUCUGUUAGCUUUAGUGUCUGCACUAAAGGCUGCGGCGUGCGCUUCCAUGCAGCUCGCUCCCUGCCGGAUGGGUCAUGGAAUUCUAAACAUGAGGCAGAUAGCUGAUCAGCUUCCUUGGAUUUUGAUGACACCAGAGAGCUUUGCCUGAAGAUGGAAACACUGGAGUCGGAACUGACCUGCCCUAUUUGUCUGGAGCUCUUUGAGGACCCUCUCCUGCUGCCCUGCGCACACAGCCUCUGCUUCAACUGUGCCCACCGCAUCUUGGUGUCACACUGUGCCACCAACGAGUCUGUGGAGUCCAUCAGCGCAUUCCAGUGCCCCACCUGCCGGCAUGUCAUCACGCUCAGCCAGCGAGGUCUAGACGGGCUCAAGCGCAACGUCACCCUGCAGAACAUCAUCGACAGGUUCCAGAAAGCAUCAGUGAGCGGGCCCAAUUCCCCCAGUGAGACCCGCCGGGAGCGGGCCUUUGACGCCAGCACCAUGUCUUCUGCCGAGAAGGUCCUCUGCCAGUUCUGUGACCAGGAUCCUGCCCAGGACGCUGUGAAGACCUGUGUCACUUGUGAAGUGUCCUACUGUGAUGAGUGCCUGAAAGCCACUCACCCGAACAAGAAGCCCUUUACAGGCCAUCGUCUGAUUGAGCCAAUCCCGGACUCGCACAUCCGGGGGCUGAUGUGCCUGGAGCACGAGGAUGAGAAGGUGAAUAUGUACUGUGUGACCGAUGACCAGUUAAUCUGUGCCUUGUGUAAACUGGUUGGGCGGCACCGCGAUCAUCAGGUGGCAGCUUUGAGUGAGCGCUAUGACAAAUUGAAGCAAAACUUAGAGAGUAACCUCACCAACCUUAUUAAGAGGAACACAGAACUGGAGACCCUUUUGGCUAAGCUCAUCCAAACCUGUCAACAUGUUGAAGUCAAUGCAUCUCGUCAGGAAGCCAAAUUGACAGAGGAGUGUGAUCUUCUCAUUGAGAUCAUUCAGCAAAGAAGACAAAUUAUUGGAACCAAGAUCAAAGAAGGGAAGGUGAUGAGGCUUCGCAAACUAGCUCAGCAGAUUGCAAACUGCAAACAGUGCAUUGAGCGGUCGGCAUCUCUCAUCUCCCAAGCAGAACAUUCUCUGAAGGAGAAUGAUCAUGCCCGUUUUCUACAGACUGCUAAGAAUAUCACUGAGAGAGUCUCCAUGGCAACUGCAUCCUCUCAGGUCCUAAUUCCUGAAAUCAACCUCAAUGACACAUUUGACACCUUUGCCUUAGAUUUUUCCCGAGAGAAGAAAUUGCUGGAGUGUCUGGAUUACCUUACAGCUCCCAACCCUCCCACAAUCAGAGAAGAGCUCUGCACAGCUUCAUAUGACACAAUCACUGUCCACUGGACCUCUGAUGAUGAAUUCAGCGUGGUCUCCUACGAGCUUCAGUACACCAUAUUCACUGGGCAAGCCAAUGUCGUUAGUCUGUGUAAUUCUGCCGAUAGCUGGAUGAUCGUGCCCAACAUCAAGCAGAAUCACUACACAGUGCAUGGUCUGCAAAGCGGCACCAAGUACAUCUUCAUGGUCAAGGCCAUCAACCAGGCAGGCAGCCGCAGCAGUGAGCCUGGAAAGUUAAAGACAAACAGUCAACCAUUUAAACUGGAUCCCAAAUCUGCUCAUCGAAAACUGAAGGUGUCCCAUGAUAACUUGACAGUAGAACGUGAUGAGUCAUCAUCCAAAAAGAGUCAUACACCUGAACGCUUCACCAGCCAAGGGAGCUAUGGAGUGGCUGGAAAUGUGUUUAUUGAUAGUGGCCGGCAUUACUGGGAAGUGGUCAUAAGUGGAAGCACAUGGUAUGCCAUUGGCCUUGCUUACAAAUCAGCCCCAAAGCACGAAUGGAUUGGGAAGAACUCUGCUUCCUGGGCCCUCUGCCGCUGCAACAAUAACUGGGUGGUGAGACACAAUAGCAAGGAGAUCCCCAUCGAGCCAGCCCCCCACCUGCGGCGUGUCGGCAUCCUGCUGGACUAUGAUAAUGGUUCCAUCGCUUUUUAUGAUGCUUUGAACUCCAUCCACCUCUACACCUUUGAUGUGGCAUUUGCACAGCCUGUGUGCCCCACCUUCACCGUGUGGAACAAGUGUUUGACGAUUAUAACUGGUCUUCCCAUCCCAGACCAUUUGGACUGUACAGAGCAGCUGCCAUGAGCAUCUGGCCACAUGAAGCUGCUUUCCGGGGAAUAUCAAAGUUUGAGGCUAUUAUUCAUUAUUUAGGGGAUUAGGAAAGCACAGGCUUCAAGAGUGUGAUUAAAUCUCCCCCCAAAGUGUCCAGAAAUCAGCUAAAAUAGGGCUCAGAAUGGGAGAUUUCUUUUCAUUUUACUGUGUUUUGUAUUAAGUACAGGCUUUAAUAUUUUUUUUUUGUAUUUAGAGGAAAAUCUAUAGAGUAUUUAUAAAAGAAACAUAAUUGGGAUUACAACUCUUAGGAAUGACUUGGUUUUGCACAUUAAGAGGCCCAUAAGUUUGCCAACUCUUUACAACUUUUAUUUCAUCACCGUCUAUGGGCUUGCAAAAAAAAAAGAAGAAAAAAAACCUUUUGUAGAUUUGUAUGUUUAUUCACUUUCUCACAUAAUAUUUCAUACUGAGCCCAUGGUA